AUGGGUGGUUUCAGAUUUCCAAUCAAGACAAAGCUUCCUUCAACGUAUUUGAAUGCUAGAGUUAUCAGAGACAAUUUCAAGAGACAGCAAGUUGCAGACAAUGAAGUCACUGUAAAGGCAUUGAAAUUCAUUGCUAGAAAUACUACUCUACCUCCAAGGUCGAGAAUGGAAGCUCAGUUACAACUUUCUGUGAUGCCUAACUAUACAAGAAUGACACAAAUCAAGAACAGAUGUAUUGAAACGGGACACUCCAGAUCUGUUCUGAGUGAUUUCAGAUUGUGUAGAUCGCAAUUCAGAGAACUUGCCAGGAAAGGUGAUCUACCUGGUGUGAAGAAGGGUGUAUGGUAG